AUGGCCGCGAAGCGUCCGCGCGCUACUUUUGAGGCCGACCAGGCCGGACAAGUUGGACAGGCUCCUUAUGCCUUCUACGGGACGCCCUUGCCCCCGUUAGAGGCCGGCGGACGAGAUGAUGGCUCGUACAUGCCAGUGUGGAAGCAAGAGGUGACGGAUGAGCGGGGACGGAAGCGGCUCCAUGGCGCCUUCACUGGCGGCUUCAGUGCUGGCUACUUCAAUACCGUCGGCUCCAAGGAAGGAUGGACUCCCGCGACCUUUGUCUCGUCCCGCCAGAAUCGCGCGCGCGAUGCGAAACAGACUACACAGCAACGGCCGGAGGAUUUUAUGGACGAGGAGGAUCUGCGGGAACAGGAGGAAUCGCGACAACUACAAACGGUGGAAGGAUUUGCGGGGUUUGGGUUGACGGAUGCCGAUGCGACACGAAGAGCGGGUCUCAUGGACCUGCUCAAGACUGGCGGAGAGACCAUGGGAGUGAAACUGCUGAAGCGGAUGGGCUGGCGCGAGGGCCAGGGCAUUGGUCCCAAGGUCCGGCGUAGAGCCAAUCUGGACGAGAGCACCGCUAGCAGAAGUGAAGGCGCAGAGCAGACCUAUCUGUUCGCGCCCGAGAAUCCCCCAAUGGUCUCAUUCAUUCGCAAAAACGACUUCAAAGGCCUGGGAUUCGAGGGAGAGACUCGGCUGGAGGCGCCGGACACGACCCGUGAUGGACAGCACGAGGACUCGGAUUCCUUCUUCGGAGAUCGACUGUCUAUGGAUAAGAAAUCCAAGUCAAAGACAAAGGCGAAAGACUCACGCCGUGGCGGAUUCGGCGUCGGCAUUCUCAAUGAUACCGGAUCAGACGAUGAAGACCCAUACUCCUUAGGGCCACAAAUAGCGUACAGCAAGACUAUCGGCGGCGAUAAGAAGAAGAAGAAGGCCAAAGCUGAAGGAGGCAAGCCAACGAUCGCGUCUGCCAAUCCUCUUCUCGAUACUAAACCUGUCUUCAUAUCGAAAAAGGCUGCAGCGGCCCGCACGACGGGAAGCUUCAGGAAAUGUCGUGAUGGGCGAUUGCCUCUGGACGGGUUUGUUUUGGCCGAUAGCUUGUCAGGGCUGUCAAUAUCGGACAAAAAGUACGAGCCUCCUCAAAUUCCAGAGGGAUGGAAAUCUACCAAACAAGCUACGAAAUCCGAGCGAGAGGUAUCCAGCUACGUGUCUACUGCGGAUGCUGCUAAGGCCUCGUUACUGGAUCCUACGAAGCGAGCGGCAGCUCUGGGAGAAGCCCAGCUCCCAGGGAAAUCCAUUUUUGAUUGGAUGACGCCCGAAGCUCGUGAGCGCAUUGCGAAGCUCACUGGAAACACCAACCUACCUCCGGCUUUGGGUGAAAAGGCUCCCAAGGGCUUCGAGAUCUCGGAUGCUCAAAAACGAAAAGAUCUUUGGGAUCUUGUGCCCAAAUUGGACAAGCAGACCGCCGUCCAGGCCUUGACUCGUGCUGUCAGUGGAUGGAUGCCCUAUUCGGAAGACGAGAAUAAACGAGCACGCUACCGAAAGUUCCUCGAAGUGCGAGCGGAAGUGCGCGACUCUCUUCCCGACCGCGUUCCCGGCUCCAGUACCGACGACUGGGUGAACGAGAUGCAAGAGUUUGCGCGAGCCGCCGAGGUCUUCAAGCCCAUGACUGGAGUCAUGGCUUCACGAUUUACAUCGGCUUCCUCGGGUCCCAAGGUUGCCUCCGAUGCGCCCGACCGUCCAGGCGAAUCUCCUCUUAGUCGGCCCAUCGAGAAACCAGAUUCUCCGGCCGUGGCGGCUGCCAAGAUUGGCAUGUUCGGGCAAAUGACCCGCAGCUCGAUAUCGUUCUAUCCAUCUCGUCUGUUAUGCAAGCGCUUCAACGUCAAACCGCCAGAUCAUGUACAGCUUGAUCCGGGAGAACACCCUGGCGGCUCGGUGAGUGGACCUGGAACACGCUUUCAGUCUGGUGGUUACCAGACUGACGCUGCCGCACCCAAGGAGCUCGUCUCCCAGGAAGUGAUGAACAUGAUCUUGAUGGAAUCCGGCCGUCAGCCACAGCCUCCCGUCGCUAGUCCCGACACCGCUGGAUCCAGCGGACAGCCUGCAGUGGAGCCACCGCCCGUCCGAGUCGUUGAACCUGAACGCAAUGAAGCUCUCGAGGCCGAGCGACCGGGCGAUGCGGUGUUCAAGGCCAUCUUUGGCAGCGAUGACGAGGAAGAUUAG